AGGGACGUAAGCGCCGGCAAACAGCCGACGCACCAGGUUCAUUGGACGCCGAGGAAUGCCGACGAAGAUAUUCAGCGACAACGCCACCAAUUUCGUCGGCGCCGAUCGCAAGCUGCGCGAGCUGAAGGAGGCGUUUCUGGCAAUGGGUCCAGAGUUGAGGAGAUUCGCAGCAGACGAAGGGUGCAGCUUCACCUAUAUACCACCAAGGGCGCCGCACUUCGGCGGAUUAUGGGAAGCCGCGGUGAAGUCCGCCAAACACCAUAUCGUUCGCGUAAUCGGCAACGCGCUACUCACAGCAGAGGAGCUAGCAACACUGUUGGCCGAAGUGGAGGCCAUCCUCAACUCUCGUCCCCUAGUACCCCUGAGUCAGGACCCCAACGACGGCGAGGCACUAACCCCAGCGCACCUACUAAUAGGAUGCUCCCUGCGGGCUUUACCCCCAGAGAAGGUGCCAGUGGAUCCAGUUCGUUGUUGCGAGAGAUGGCAACUUGUUUGCUGUCUCAAGCAACAGUUCUGGCGACAGUGGUCCAAAGUUUACCUGACGGGUCUUCAGGAACGCAACAAGUGGCUGCACCCCAAACGCAACAUGCAGCUCAACGACCUCGUUCUCGUCCACGAGGACAACGUGCCACCGCAGCAGUGGGUACUAGGGCGCGUCGUCGCAACCGUCGAAGGGCAAGACGGCAAGGUGCGAGUCGCAGAAGUGGCGACUAAGGCGGGCACGAUUAAGCGCCCCAUCCACAAACUGGCUGUCCUUCCACUGGAUAUUGAAGGAAUCUGAUCCUGUCAAGGUGGCCGGUGUUGCGUCAAGCGACAAGAUAUAUAUGUAUAUUUAA